UAUAUAUAAUAUCAAUCAAACAGCACACAUUACCCAGGCACAAACACCCAUCUAACAUUCCAUUUCUCUCAUCCACCGUCGCAUCGCCGCCCUAAAAUGGAGGCUAGCCGACGACCCACCAACGCCACAGCAAAAGCCGUCCAGCCUCUUAAAGUAAAAAUGGUGGAUGAUGAGACUUGCGCCCCAAAAUCCUCCGAUGCAUUACCCGUCUCUCUAUAUAUAACAAAUGCUAUCUGCUUCACCUUGUUCUUCUCGGUUGUUUAUUUUCUCCUCAGCCGUUGGCGUGAGAAAAUUCGGACCUCCACCCCUCUUCACGUUGUUACUCUCUCCGAAAUCGCCGCCAUUUUCGGGUUCAUAGCUUCUUUUAUAUACCUGCUUGGUUUUUUUGGGUUUGACUUUGUGCAGUCCUUAAUUCUACGUCCACCUACUGAUGAUGAUGUCUGGGAGGUUGAAGACGCUCUUCUUAAAGAUGAUUCUCGCAGGUUUUCAUGUGGGCAAGCACUCGAUUGUUCUCUUUCAUCGCCACCACAGCCACCAAAGCCUAAGGUGGUGGAGGAAAUCCCCACCGCCAUUUCCUCAACCACUUUUGAUUUGGGCGAAGAAGAUGAAGAGAUCAUCAGGUCUGUUGUGGAUGGGAAAACUCCCUCGUACUCUCUGGAGUCAAAAUUGGGGGAUUGCAAGCGAGCAGCUGCAAUCAGGCGUCUGGCCUUAGAGAGGAUAACUGGAAAGUCCCUGUCUGGAUUGCCACUAGAGGGAUUUGAUUACAAUUCUAUAUUGGGGCAAUGCUGCGAGAUACCCAUUGGGUAUGUACAGAUUCCUGUGGGAAUUGCUGGGCCUUUGUUGCUUGAUGGAAAGGAAUACUCAGUUCCCAUGGCUACAACUGAAGGGUGUUUGGUUGCAAGUACUAAUAGAGGCUGCAAAGCUAUUCACUUAUCUGGUGGUGCAACGAGUGUGCUUUUGAGAGAUGGAAUGACAAGGGCUCCUGUUGUCAGGUUUGGGACAGCUAAGAGAGCUGCCCAGUUGAAGCUGUAUUUGGAAGAUCCUUCCAAUUUUGAUGUUAUUUCCUCUGCUUUUAAUAAAUCAAGCAGAUUCGGUAGGCUUCAAAACAUUAAGUGUGCUAUUGCUGGCAAAAAUCUUUAUUUGAGAUUCUGUUGCAGCACUGGUGAUGCUAUGGGCAUGAAUAUGGUAUCCAAAGGUGUCCAGAAUGUACUGGAUUUCUUACAGAAUCAUUUCCCAGACAUGGAUGUUAUUGGCAUCUCUGGUAACUUCUGUUCUGAUAAGAAGCCAGCUGCUGUUAACUGGAUCGAAGGAAGGGGUAAAUCAGUAGUAUGCGAGGCGAUCAUUAAGGGUAAUAUGGUGAAGAAGGUAUUGAAGACAAGCGUUGAGGCAUUGGUGGAGCUUAACAUGCUCAAGAACCUCACUGGUUCUGCCAUGGCAGGAGCUCUAGGUGGGUUCAAUGCUCAUGCCAGUAAUAUUGUCACUGCUGUCUACAUAGCCACUGGCCAAGAUCCUGCACAAAAUGUUGAGAGUUCUCACUGUAUCACUAUGAUGGAAGCUGUUAAUGAUGGGCAGGAUCUUCAUGUCUCUGUCACUAUGCCUUCUAUUGAGGUUGGUACUGUUGGAGGAGGUACACAGCUUGCCUCACAGUCAGCAUGCUUGAACCUGCUUGGGGUGAAGGGUGCCAGCAAAGAGACACCAGGAGCUAACUCAAGGCUUCUGGCCUCUAUUGUUGCUGGCUCUGUCCUUGCUGGAGAGCUCUCUCUAAUGGCCGCACUUGCCGCUGGACAGCUUGUCAGAAGCCACAUGAAGUACAAUAGAGCACCAACUCAAAAUGAUGUUUCCAAGCCGUCUUCCUAAGAUGGAAUAAUACUAUAACAAAAGUUUUACAUACUUGAACCAACAAUUACAUUACUGUUUGUAUACUUUCUUCAAUUUUUAUUUUUAUUUAUACUCCUCUUUCUUGAAUCAAAUCCUUGUAAGAAUUAUUCUGCAAAUUGUGUAAAACUAGUCCAUUGUUUACAAUCCUUAGAUAUAUUUACAUCCAUGAACUUAGUCUGU